AUGAGAAGCGCAUCAUUGAAAGAACAAAGAAAUAAAUUACAGCAUCUAUGGAAGGAGUUUCCUGAAAACCAUGAGACGAUAUUAAAAAAUCAUGGAUCCAAAGAUGACGUUUAUUUCGAGGCAAAUUCAUACGAAAUUAUGGAAGAAUUGGUUAACGAGCUAGAUAAAACAAUAUGUACAAAAUUAGCUGCGGAGUCAGAAAUAUCAAAUACCGAAGACAAAUUAAAAAAAAAGUUUAUAAUUGGACUAAUGCAAGAAGAAGAACAGGAGCUUAUAAGAGAAAGAGAAAGCUGGCAAAAGCAAAUAGAUAUAAUACAAAACUAUUAUAUAAGGUUGCGAAUUGAACAUAAUGUACGUUCUGAAGAACUGCUUAUAGAAAAAGAUGAUAUUGAAGAGUGGCAUCGUGAAUACGAAGUAAAAUUACUAAAUAAAAUAAAAAAGCUUGCUGAAACAAAAAGGUCAGUUAAAUUAGUAGAGAUCAAGAUUCCAUUAUUUAACGGCAAUGUUGAAGACUGGCAAUCAUUUAAGAAAUUGUAUGAAAAAAUAGUACACGAAAACACUGAUGUAUCUAAGGUAGAAAAGAUGUAUCAUCUAAAGUCACUCCUUAGAAAUGAUGCUCUUACUGCAAUAAAACAUUUGCCAGUAUCCGAAAACAACUACGAGGCAGCAUGGGAAAUUUUAGAUCAGCGAUUCAGUAACAAACGAGUCAGUAACGCAUCCAGCGUAAAAUCGUUAUGGCAUACAACAAACGAAUGUAUGCAAGCAUUAUCAGCUAUGAACAUUGGAAUCGAACACGCGGAUUCCGUUAUAGCAAGUAUAAUAAUGCGCAAAAUGGACAAGGAAGGGCUGCUUGCGUAUGAACAAAUAACAAGAAGAACGAAAGAGAUACAAGCGCUAGACGAUGUUUUACAAUUCCUAGAACAGCUUUAUCGAAGGUUAGAAGCAGCCAAUAGCAGAAAACAACAUAAUAAUUACAGCAGCUACAGACAGCCAUCGCAAAAGGUAUCCCUCCUGACAGAAAGUAUCAUCUGUCUGUAUUGUAAAAAAGGAGGACAUGCAACAGACAAUUGCCGAAAUUAUUUAGCUGUAUCAGUAGCUGAGCGAAAUGUAUGGGUAAAGUCAUCCAGAACUUGCUUUAAAUGUUUAAAGCACCCGUUUACGAAUAAAACGAUAUGUGAAAAUAAAAAAUCCUGUGGGCGAGCACAUCAUACAACGCUGCAUAAAGAUUCGGUAAUGGCAAAUUGUGUAAAUGCAGCAAAAGAUGUGUUAUUGGCAACAGCACAAGUACGUAUAGAAAAUCAACAGGGAGAGUAUGUGACACUAACGGCAUUAAUUGAUCAAGGAUCUCAGACAACAUUCAUUAGCGAAGAAGCUGCUCAGAUAUUGCAAAAGCCACGAGUUAAAAUCAAUACAGAAUUAUAUGGAAUUGGAAAAGAAUGGCAGAAAUACGUUCUUGCGGAUCCCAACUUUGAUAAAUCUGAAAAAAUUGAUAUAGUGAUUGGCGGUGAUUUAUACGUAGGUGUAAUGCAAAAUGGAAUUUGUAAGAAAAAUGGAAUGCUUGGCCAACAUACUAAACUUGGAUUGAUUAUCUCCGUGCCUCUUCGUGUAAAGCAACCAGGAAAACAACGAGCAAUCAACAUGACAACAAAUCUCGAAAAAUUUUGGGAAAUUGAAGACAUUCAAGAAAACAAAAAUCUUCACGAAGAUGAAAUAUGCAUGAGGCAUUAUAAUGAUACAACAAUAAAAGAUGAAAAUGAACGCUUUGUAGUAAAGUUGCCAUUUAAAGCUGAAAACGAACUUGAGAAUUCUUACAAACAGGCAAUGGCACGAUUCAUGAAUUUGGAAAAGAAACUAGAGACUAAUGAAAAGCUGAAAACAGAAUACAUAAAAUUUAUGGAAGAAUAUGAAGCCUUAGGCCAUAUGGAGGAAGUACUUAAAAAAGGAAGGGCAAAAUAUUAUCUACCUCAUCAGGCUGUUCUAAGGAAAAACGUGAUAACAGCGGAUGUAGAAAAGAUGUAUCGUCAAAUAAAAAUACAUAAGGCGGAUCAAAGUUAUCAGCACAUAAUAUGGCGUAGUAACAAAAACUCUUCAUUAAAAGAAUAUAAAUUAACAACGGUAACGUAUGGAACGGCUUCUGUCCCCUGUCUAGCCGUUAGAACACUCGUAGAAAUUGCUAACAACUGUUCAAAUAAAAAGUUAGCGGAAAUAAUAAAAGAAGAUUUUUACAUGGAUGAUCUGCUGACAGGAGCUGAUACAGUAACGGAAUGCAAAAAUAUAAAAAAAGAAAUAUCUGAAGCACCUGAAGAAAUAUUCAAUGAAAAUAUAUAUAAUAAGAAUUACAACGAAAAGGAAUCCGAAGAAGAUGAACUUCUAGGUAUAUCAGGGGAUACCAAUAACCAUGAAG